AUCAUAUAAUUUUUUCCCCUGUGGACUCUUUCGUACAUUCACACUUCUCUCUCUCUCUCUCUCUCUCUCUCUCACACGCUCGCACCCAGAGAGAGGGAGACGGUUGGUGAUGAAAGCUGAAACCGACUCUCUCUCUCUCUCUCUCUCUCUCUAUCUUUCACGUUGUGUAGAUCGUGGAGAGAGUGAAAAUUUGGCCGAGUUUCACUGUUCCAUCAAAACCCCGUUCCGUUCCGUUUUUCUCUGAAUUGUCUCUGAGCUUUCAAAUUAAGUUGUUGAAUAAAUAUUUGUAUAUUUGCUUAGGUCAGUGAAAACUGACAGUUUCUCUUUUUGAAGAAGAUCCACUCGCUGCUACUCAUUUUCAAGAGAGCACGGAAUUUGAGGAAGAGAUAAUAAGUACAGAGACGAAGUUUCAGAGGUUCAGAGUUUUUGGAUCAGGAGGCUGAAAACGACGACGUUUAUGGGGGACAUACGCACAAAGGCUCUUGGGCCUGCAAUGCCGAGACAAUUGGAUUUGGAGUUGCUGUGUUUGGUAACGGUUUCGUGAAAAGGACAGAGAAAACAGACAGAGAGAGAGAAAGAGAGCAGUCGGUGAGCAUUGUAAGAGUGAGGGAAAAUGGGAGCAAUAGGUGGGGAAGAGUUGAUGAAGUGGGAGAAGAUGCAAGGAUUGAGCGGUCGCGAGGAGAAGAUUCUUGUUUUGGUGAGGUUGAGGCCUUUGAGUGAGAAGGAGGUUGCGUCGAGUGAAGCCGCAGAUUGGGAAUGCAUCAAUGACACCACAAUCUUGUACCGGAACACGUUGCGUGAGGGAUCCACAUUUCCAAGUGCCUAUUCAUUUGACAGAGUAUUUCGGGGUGACUGCGCUACAAGGCAGGUGUAUGAGGAAGGAGCCAAAGAAAUUGCUCUUUCAGUUGUCAAUGGUAUCAACUCAAGCAUUUUUGCUUAUGGGCAAACAAGCAGUGGAAAGACAUAUACCAUGGUUGGAAUAACAGAGUAUACUGUAGCAGACAUAUUUGACUAUGUACAUAGGCAUGAAGAAAGAGCAUUUGCUGUGAAGUUCUCUGCAAUUGAGAUAUACAAUGAAGCUGUCAGAGACCUUCUUAGCACAGAUCCUACACCUCUUAGGCUGCUAGAUGAUCCUGAGCGAGGGACUGUUGUGGAGAAAGUCACAGAAGAAGUUUUGAGGGACUGGAACCAUCUAAAGGAGCUCCUGUCCAUUUGUGAAGCUCAAAGACAGAUUGGGGAAACCUUGCUGAAUGAGAGAAGUUCCAGGUCUCAUCAAAUUAUCAGAUUGACAAUUGAAAGUUCUGCUCGCGAGUUCUUAGGCAAAGGCAAUUCAACCACCCUUGCAGCAAGUGUGAAUUUUAUAGACUUGGCGGGUAGUGAGCGUGCAUCUCAAGCAUUAUCGGCUGGGGCAAGAUUAAAGGAAGGUUGCCACAUAAAUCGUAGUUUACUUACUCUGGGAACGGUUAUUCGCAAGCUAAGUAAGGGAAGACAUGGACACAUCAAUUACCGAGAUUCUAAGCUUACGCGCAUACUGCAGCCUUGCUUGGGUGGCAAUGCUAGAACUGCCAUCAUUUGCACUUUGAGUCCUGCACGAAGCCAUGUUGAGCAAACGAGAAACACUCUUUUGUUUGCUUGUUGUGCAAAAGAAGUAACAACAAAAGCCCAGGUCAAUGUCGUCAUGUCCGAUAAAGCCUUGGUUAAGCAUUUACAAAAAGAGCUGGCUAGAUUGGAGAGUGAGUUGAGAAGUCCUGCGCCUCCUACCUCUACUUCUGAUUAUUCAGCACUACUGAGAAAGAAAGAUCUUCAGAUUGAAAAGAUGGAGAAGGAGAUUAGAGAGCUAACUAAGCAAAGAGAUCUUGCUGAAUCUCGGAUUGAGGAUUUGUUACGCAUGGUUGGAAAUGAAAAAAAUUCAAGACAAGCCAGUAUCAGUGAUCAUCCUACAUCGCAAGCGGGAGAUAUGUGGGACGAUGAUUGUUCAGUAUCAGAGUCAGAGUCCCCAAGUGUGGCUGAUCCUAAUUAUUCAAAUGGUGGUGUCAGAAAGUUCAACAAUCCUCAUUAUUUUGAUGUAGAUAGCGUGAGCAAUUCUCAGGACCCCUACUGCCAAAUUGGGGAUAACACUGAAGACAAUUCUCUCUCUGAUGCUACCUCUUCACUGUCAAUUGGAAAGAAGUUUUUUAGGUCUAAUUUAAGUCAAAAUCAAGGGGAGACUUCAGAAGAUCCUGAUGACUACUGCAAGGAAGUUCGAUGCAUCGAGAUGGAAGAGUCAAGAAAUAGCAAGAAUCCUGAAUUCCGAGCCGUAAGACCUGGUGAAAACAAUCAAACACUGGCUUUGAGAUCAUCCAGGGAUGGAGAUGUAACUGGACAGGGAAUGAUGUUGACUCCUGUGAAUAGGAAUGGAGAAGUCAUGGAAGCUGGUAUGAUGAGUUCUGGAAGCCUUAAGUUAACUAGGAGCCAGAGUUGUAGUGCAAAUUUCAUGGCUGGUUCGUCUUCUCCUGAGAAGACAGAACGAAUUGAGCGCACCCCACCUAAUGGGUUUGAGAAAGAUUUCCCUGGAAGACCAGAAGGUCUUCAAAGGAAGUUCCCUUUAUUAACUUAUGGUUCCAACGCAACGAGCUUGUCAAGAAAUAAUUCACAGUCCUCUUUUGGGAGUGCUUCCAUGGAUGACCUACGAUCACAGAGCAUUAGAACUUCUGCAGAUGGGGAAAUUACUAGCAUCCAAACUUUUGUUACAGGACUAAAGGAAAUGGCCAAACUUGAUUACGAGAAGCAACUUGUUGAUGGGCAGGUCCAGGAAACAGGACCAAAAGUUGAUAAGUUUGGAAAGGAUGUGAAAGAUGUAGGAGUUGAUCCAAAGCUCCCGGCACUGGAAACUCCCCAAGAUUGGCCUGUGGAAUUUGAGAAGCAGCAGAGAAUGAUACUUGAACUUUGGAAAACUUGCAAUGUAUCAUUAGUCCACAGAACCUACUUCUUCCUGCUCUUCAAAGGUGAUCCAACGGAUUCCAUUUACUUGGGGGUGGAACUAAGGAGACUAUCUUUCCUCAAGGAAACAUUUUCUCAUGGAAAUCAUAUUGUGGAACGUGGUCAGACUCUUACAAUGGCUUCAAGCAUGAAGGCUCUUCGUCGUGAGAGAGCAAUGCUGAGCAAGCUGAUGCAAAAAAGGUUUUCUGAAGAAGAGAGAAAGAGGCUUUUCCACAGGUGGGGUAUUGCAUUGGACUCAAAGCGCAGGAGGCUACAGCUGGCCAACCAACUGUGGAGUAACACAAACGAUAUGAAUCACAUCAUAGAGAGUGCUGCCAUCGUUGCGAAGUUGAUCAGGUUUGUAGAGCAGGGGCGGGCCCUCAAAGAGAUGUUUGGACUUAGCUUCACACCUUCAAAUGCAAGGCGGAAAUCCUUUAGCUGGAAAAACAGCAAGGCAUCCCUUUUGUAAGCUUGUUUCAUGCCCAUAGAUAUAUAACUGUAGAGUUGAUUUAUUGGAAUAGAUUGGCCUUAUAGUAGCAUUCUUUUCAUGAUUGAGAUUGAGACAGAUUGUCUAUGAUUGUAAUAUAAGUCUAAAAAUCUCAGUUUUCCUGCUUAGGUUAGAAAGCUACAUUGGGUUUUGGAAAUCUGGUUUUCUGGGUUUGUUGUAUCUUUCAUGAACAUAUUUUGUGCUUAUAAUCUAUUCGUGUCAAUUUCUACUA